AUUCAGCUUGCUUUACACGCAUCAUGUCUCACUCAGGCACUGGCUCCCUAUAUUAUGGGUCCUGCUAUCCUCCACAGUAUUUUGAUUCAGACCCCUCAUUGAACCAUUCUCCUACAUAAACUACUACAAUUCCUAUAGAUCUACAGUCUACUAUCAACUACAGUCUUUUGAAGAACCUACAGAAGUAGCAAUUAUGGAUUUCAUUAACAAGCUUGCCAGCAGCGCUGGUGAUAACAACAACAACAACGGUGGUGGUAACAACUCUGGGAACAACCAGUACAAUAACAACAACAACCAGAGGAACGACGACCAGUACGGCAACAGCAAUAACAACAACAACCAGAGGAAUGAUAACCAGUACGGCAACUCUAGCAACAACAACAACAACAACAACCAGAACAAUGAUAACCAGUACGGCAACUCUGGCAGCAGCAACAACAACAACAACCAGAGGAACGACGACCAGUACAGCAACAACCAGAGGAAUGAUAACUCCGGGGGCAGCAGCAACCAGAGCGGCGCUGGCGGCUUCCUGGGUGGCCUGAUGGACAAGGUCAACUCAUCCCAGAACAACAACAACAACAACAACAACCAGAGCAAUAAUAACUCUGGCGGCAGCAACAACCAGAGCAGCGGCGGCAGCAGCUUCUUGGACGGUCUGAAGGACAAGGUCAACUCCGCUGCCGGCGGUGGCCGCGACAGCGAGAAGAACGAGGAUAUGCUUGACAAGGGCAUUGAUUUCGUGCAGGAGAAGUUCAUGGGCCAGGGCAAGCAGGAUAAUGAGUCCGCUAUUGAGCAGGCGAAGGAUGGGCAGAUCGCGGACUUCAUCCGUGGGCAGUACAAGAGUGCUACUGGGUCUGAUUUCCCCAUCAAGGACAAGAAGAAUUCCUUUAACUAAGCGGUUGGUUGAUGGGUAUGUGGUUGGGGAGAGAGGACAGCUUCCGGGCUGUGUUUUGAUGCCUGGGAUGGCUAUAUCAUGAUAAACCACUCACAGAUCGGCUUUCAAUGCAAUCAAUGAUUUUAUGUGUG